CAUUCGGCCACCAUCACGAUACCAGUCACCCCCUGCUUAGAGCUCGCCACCCGCGACGAUGGGCCACAUACGGGAUGUAUGGGCACAAAACCUCGACGCGGAGAUGAAGAACAUCCGCAGUCUCAUAGAAGACUAUCCCUAUGUCGCCAUGGACACCGAGUUCCCCGGUGUCGUGGCGCGCCCGAUAGGGCAGUGGAAGUCGACGUCGGAGUAUCACUACCAGACGAUGCGCUGUAACGUCGACCUGCUCAAGAUCAUCCAAGUCGGCAUCACGCUCGCGGACGCGGAGGGGAACAUGCCACCGGAGCCAAGUACAUGGCAGUUCAACUUUCGCUUCAGCAUCAACGAGGACAUGUACUCCCCGGACUCGAUUGAUUUACUGCGAAAAUCAGGCAUUGACUUUCAGCGCCAUGAGGAGCAGGGCAUCAACCCAAACGACUUUGCCGAGCUUAUGAUCACCUCUGGACUGGUCCUGUCGCCAGACACGACAUGGAUAUCAUUCCACAGUGGUUACGACUUCGGCUACUUCGUCAAACUCCUCACCGCAAUAUCCCUCCCCACCACUGAAGACACCUUCUUCGAGCUCUUCCGAAUAUGGUUCCCAUCCGUGUACGACAUCAAGGUUAUGAUGCGCGCCUGCAACGGCCUAAAAGGAGGCUUGCAAGAGCUCGCGGACGAUCUUUCUGUCGCACGCAUCGGCCCCUCCCACCAGGCCGGCUCAGACUCCCUCCUCACCGCCUCCGCCUUCUUCAAGAUGCGCGACAUGUACUUCAAGGAGUCCUUGCAGGACCCCGAGAAGGCGGAAAAACUGCGCUCAGAAUAUUCUGGCAAGCUCUACGGCCUCGGCCAGACGUUCUCCAUCGCGAACGGCAUCGCGGACCCAGGGCGCGGCGGCGCGACCAUCGCUGAGCGAGAAGACCGCACUGUGACGCGCGAGCUCUCACAGACGCCUGCGCCAGGGCCAGGCCAGGGCGUCAGCCUCGCUGGGCAGGCGGCGGUCAUGGGCAUGGGCGGUGGUAUGGGCAUGCCCACGCCUGGGUACGGCCCACUGGCCAACGGGCCGUACAUGCGGACACAGAUGGUGGGAGGGGCGCGGUGAGGUGGGCAUGGGGAGGAGGGGUGUUUGUCAGUAUUCGCCUUGCCUGUAUUCCUGCUCCUUGCUUUGUGUAUAGCUCUGUAUCAUACGGGUGUGGACUUUAUUGUAUCGAUUUAUUUCUAAUUGCUCUUCUCUCGUGUCGAUGGCAGGGUCGAGAAGCAGCU